UUUUUCCUUCCUUCUUUCUUUUUUUUUUAAAAAAAAACAAUCAAUUUUUUAUAUUUAUUUGAAUUUUUGCUUGUAUUUUAGCUUCUUUUCAUUUUUGUCAUUUUUUUUUCUUCUUGUAAAAAAAAUAAAUCCGGGUCUCUGGCCACAACAUUAAAAAGAGUUUAGAAUUCCUUUUUCUAUUAAAUAGAAAUCAAUCACUUUUCUUUACAAAGAAAAACAACAACAACUACAACUACUACUACUACAACAACUUUUAAUAAAUCAAUUACAUUAUUUAUUCAACAAUAGAUAAAUAGACACAAUGAACUUUACAGAAAAAAUAGAAUCAAAUGAUCAAACAAUCAUUGAAAAUGUUGAAAGUUAUCAUUCAGAUAAUUCUUCAAUAAAAAAUAAUCAACAUACUUUAAAACGUGGAUUAAAGGCACGUCAUAUUCAAAUGAUUGCUUUAGGGGGUACUAUCGGUACAGGUCUUUUUAUGUCCUCUGGUAAAGCUAUCGUCAUGGGUGGCCCUGGUGGUGCUCUUGUAGGUUAUGCCAUAGUAGGUAUUCUUGUAUUUUGUGUGAUGAUGAGUUUAGGUGAAAUGGCUGCUUAUAUUCCUGUUGCUGGUUCUUUCUCUCAUUUUGCUACUCGUUUUGCUGAUCCUUCAUUAGGCUUCGCUGUUGGCUGGAUCUAUUGGGCUAACUGGGCUGUAGGUGUCGCUGUUGAAUUAACAGGUGUGGCUAUCAUUAUGGAAUAUUGGGUAAAGACGAUCAAUAGUGUCAUUUGGUCCGUCAUCUGUCUUGUCAUCUUGCUCUCUAUCAAUGUCUUUUCUGUUAAGGGAUAUGGGGAAGUGGAAUAUUGGAUCUCAUUUAUCAAGAUCAUGAUUGUCAUCAUCUUUAUCAUUGUCGGUAUCUGUGUCGAUACGGGUGCUGCAGGUGGUGUCUAUUAUGGUGUUUCUAAUUUUCAUUUACCUGGAGGUCCCUUUCCAAAUGGUUUCCUCGGUGUCUUUAAUGUCUUUAUUACAGCUGCUUUCUCUUAUAAUGGUGUUGAAAUCGUCGGUAUUACGGCUGGUGAAUCAGCUAAUCCUCAUAAAACUGUUCCCUCUGCUGUGAAACAAGUAUUCUUUCGAAUUGUGUUGUUUUACAUUUUAUCCAUCUUGAUUAUUGGUCUUAUCAUUCCUUACACAGAUCCUAACCUUUUAUCAGGUGCUAGUAACAUUGCUGUCUCUCCUUUUACACUUGUCUUUAAAAAGGCAGGUGCUUCAUGGGCAGCUGAUAUGAUGAAUGCCAUUAUCUUGAUAACCAUGAUUUCCGCUGGUAACUCGGGUGUUUAUUCUUCCUCACGUACUCUUCUUUCUUUAGCUUCAGAUGGAUAUGCUCCUCGUGUCUUUACUCGCGUCAAUCGUUGGGGUAUCCCCAUUUGGUCUGUCUUGGCAACCUGUCUCAUUGGUUGUCUUGCCUUCUUGACAUCCCUCUUUGGUUCAGGUGUCGUCUUUACCUGGUUAACCAACUUGACUUCACUUGCCGGUUUAAUUACAUGGGUCACCAUCUCUGUCACUCACGUCCGUUUCCGUAAAGGUUAUCUAUCUCAAGGUCGUUCCUUAACUGCUCUUCCUUACUAUGCACCUUUACAUCCUUUAGGUGAUAUCAUCGUCAUCGUCAUCGGUACAAUCAUCAUCUUUGGUCAAGGUUGGAAGUCCUUUGUAGCUCCUAUUAAAGCUGCCAAUGUGAUCUCUACUUAUAUUGGUCUUGUUUUAGCUGUUGUGCUCUAUGGAGGUCAUAAGAUUUGGAAACGAAACGGCUUUGUCAAAUGCGAAGAUAUGGACUUUGAAACAGGCACCUUCCAUGAUAAUGUCAUUGAUAUUCGAAAGACUGGAGACGAUAUGGAUGAAAAUAGCAGUCCAAUUCCUUUAUGGAAGCGUAUUUUAAACAAGAUCUUGAAUAUCAUUGCUUAAUUCUUUAUAUAUAUAUAUAUAUAUAUAUA